AUGGAAAUCGACAAUGACUCUAUGGCUACGCCCGCCGUUACAUGCAAUCUCGUCAACAACGAGCUCAGCUUCUCGCGCACGCGGGCGUGGUUCAAAGUCCAUGAUCCAGCCACCCAGAAUUUGAUCACGAGAGUGCCCAAUUCGACCAUCUUGGAGGUGCAGAAAGCGGUUGCAGCGGCGGAAGCGGCACAACCGGCCUGGGCUCUGCUUUCCUUCUCCAAACGGAGGCACAAGAUGCUGACUCUGCUUGAUAUCAUACGGGAGAAUACGGCCAAGAUUAGACAUUGCCUCUGUAGCGAGGUCGGUAAAACUCUCGCAGAUGCUGAUGCUGAGAUCGAGCGUGGCUUGGACGCCAUCGAGACGGCUUGCGCCAUCAGCAAUGAAAUGUUUGGAAUUCACAUGUCCACCGGAGCAACUGAGGUUCACACGCUCCAUGAGCCGCUGGGGGUGUGUGUCGCCAUCACGCCGUUUAAUUUUCCCCUGCUCAUACCGUUGUGGUCCAUCCCGUAUGCGCUUCUGACUGGAAACACGUUCGUAUUGAAGCCCUCGGAAAAGACGCCAACUGCGGCCAUGCUCCUGGCAAACUAUUUCGUGCAGGCGGGGUUUCCGCCUGGAGUGUUCAACGUCGUCCAUGGGAGCUCUUCCGUCGUGGAUGUCCUUCUAUCUCAGCCGGCAGUGAAGGCUAUCACGUUUGUGGGUUCGGAUGUGGCAGGUGAGCGGGUUUACGAACAUGCAAGGGCGACCAGGAAACGCGUCCAAGUCGAAUGCGGGGGCAAGAAUCACGGCGUUGUCCUCGAGGACGCGUCAAAGACCCAGACGCUCUAUGCUAUCGCCGGGAGUGCCUUUGGGGCGGCAGGGCAGAGAUGUAUGGCUCUAAGCGUUAUUUUGUUUGUCGGCUCCACCAAGGACUGGAUUGCCGACUUGGUGGAGGUGGCCCGAUCACUCGUUAUCGGUCGUGGCCUCGAAGAGGGAGUCGAUGUCGGCCCAUUGAUCACACCAGCUGCAAAGGAACGAGUGGAAGAGAUCGUCAAUUCGGCUGAGGCAGAAGGCGCGCAAGUGUUACUGGACGGCAGGAACCUUUCCGUCGACCGUUACGCCGACGGUAAUUUCUUCGGUCCGACGAUCCUCUCUAAAGUCCGUACAUACAUGCAAUGCUACCAAGAAGAGAUCUUUGGGCCCGUCCUGGCGUGUAUGGAGGUGGCCUCGCUGGACGAGGCCGUUGAGAUUGUCAACGAAAACAGAUAUGGGAACGGCUGUACGCUGUUCACUGCUAGUCCGGUCAGCGCGCGAGCAUUCCAGCAGUCGGUGAACAUUGGUCAAAUUGGAAUCAAUGUCCCAGUCUUGGCCACGUCAGGCCCUGUUCUCCGAACGAGCAACAAGGAUUCUUUUCUCGGUGGUAGGUCCAUGAUUGUCCUCAAACCGCUCUUCGAUUGUUUACGAUGCUGA